AUGUCGCCCUCCCCCAGCGGUCUGCAGCCCUACCCGACGAGCGCCCGUGCUUCCGCUGCUCCACCCCACAUCCACGAAUACGAACACGACCAAGUGCUCGGCAUCGACGCGUGCAUCCACUGCGGCGACGUCGCCGAGUCAUCCAAUUCGACCCAGCUGCACACGCUCGGACGAACGGCCGAGAAUGAACUCGUCGAAACCGGGCGACGGUACCUCGCCAAGACCACGGGAUACGUUGGGGAUAAACCCAUGCUGAAAGGCCAGACAUUGAAGGGCUUGGGUGCGGACCAGAGUGCCUAUCACGAAAAGAAGAUGGUAGGACUUCUCCGAACUUUUGCCUUGGCACUUGUGAGACGGUUCUGAUCAACCUUUUCGCUGCCGACAGAACGACACCAAGCACUUUAUCCGGACCGUCUUGUCACACUUUGAGAUGUUUGGUCUUUACCCCCGCGUCAAGAGCCUCUUCACUCAGGCCAAACAGGUCAAAAAAUUCCAGUGGGGCCGAAAGGCUAGGCUCAUCGCCGUCGCGUGCAUCUACAUCGCCGCCAGGGAAGUCAAACGCUCGCUGAGAGUCGUCGAUUUAUGUGUAAGCCUUUUCGAGCACGCUCCUCGUCCUUCUUAUUCGACGUGAUUGCUGACCUCCCACGCAUCUUGUGACGUCAGCACAUACUCGACGUCGAUUACCACCAGUUGACGCGCUUGCAAAACAACCUCAAAACAUUGCUCAACCUCAAAAUCUCGACGCACGAGCCCGUCAUCUUUCUCGAAGCCCACCUCGUCCACCUCUCCACUCUGGUCGAAGCCUCCAAAACCUCGAUCCAACUUCCCCAAAACCUUUCCGGCGGUCGAUGGACCCUUUCGACGAUCCAUCACCUCCGUCAAGUCGAUUGGAUCAAAGUCCGUUCGCUCGCGACGGGUCUGCUCGAUUUUCUCACCGAUCUGGAACUGGCCACCGAUCGCUCGCCCGAACACGUCGCCUGUGCGAUCGUCAUCAUCGCGAUCGAAGCGUCUUUACGUACGAGACUCAAGUGUUCGAAGGAGAUCGUCACCGAUCUGACGAAACGAGUGGACAUCCGGAACAAGGUCGUACUGGCUAGGGUCAGGGAGAUCUAUCUGGCUUUGACGGAUUAUGCCAAGAGGUUACCUUGGCAGGUCGAUUUGGGGGAGGGGAAAGUGGGUGAUGUCGUGCCGUUCGUGGAGGACGUCGUCAAGUAUCGCAAGAAGUUGAUGGAUCAGGAACCCAAGGCCGUGUUGGAGGACUAUCAGGGCGAUCUCUCUGACGACGACGACGCCAGUGGUGUAGGCUUCGAAGAGCCACCUACGCAAGUCGAGGAAGAGGAAGAAGAAUCCGAUCUAGACGACCUAGCACCGGACCCACUGGCCUCACCACACCCCAAGGCCUCUCAGAAGCGUCGUCUCUCCUCAAUAUCGGAUCUUCACUCGCGCACCCAAGGUUCAGUCACUCCCACCCCACCGGAUCUUGAUACGACCAAAACCCACGCGCGUCGAUACCUGCCACCACAUGCGCAAACCCCUCGCGCACCUUCAAAGAAACAACUGCACACCCUCGAAGCAGCGACGCAAUCCCUCGCUCAAUCCUUAUCGACCACGACGCCAGGUAUACCCUCUGAACCAUCAACAUCGACCCCUUCUCUCGUCCGUACGGCGAACUGUACAACCCAAAUCAAUCCGCAUUCGCGCUCUUACGCCCCUCACCACAGCGCUUCGAUUCGACUACGUCACCUCAUCCUCUCCUCGUCCGAAUCGAUGAUUCACUCCCCCUCAACCCAAAGGAUGAUUCAACAGUCCCUCCUCUCCCCAGCCUGGUUCCAAGACCUCCCCCCUUCGCUCGAUCAAGAUCGUGAUACGCACUCUGACUUGUCCGAAUCGGAUGGAGUAGGGGAGGAUGACCGAACGACGAGGUUGGAUAAGUUGUUGUGGGAGAAGGAGGAGAGGGAUAUUACGGACGACGAGUUGUUCGAGCAAGGGGAGUUGGAGGCGUUCUUGAGAGGGAGCGAAGAGGUGCAGAGGAUGAGGAAUUCAAAAUGGUUCAAGGAGAUGCCGGAGGGGAAGAAAGAGCGGACUAGUGAUGCGGACGGGGAAGGUGACGGUGAUGGCGACGGAGAGGAUAACGAGGGUCUUGAGUCGAUGAUGAGAGGAGAAAGACGAAAGACGCCGAGCAAGAGACGGAAACUUCGUUCCGACGCCGAAACGCCUUUCGAAUUGCACGAGACGGAGAGUGACUUUUUCACGAUGAGGAACAAGAAGAAGAGCAAACUGGACUUGGUCGACCAAACUGUUUUGGAGAGGUUGCUCGAUGAUGAAGGUGAUAGGGAAGGGAGUGAGGAUGAGUCGGACGGUGCGGGCGGGGAGGAGGGGUACGACUCGGUCGAACGGGCAUUGAUGUGGGAGAAAGCGGUGGGGAACGUUCGAUAG